AUGGGGCUAGGCCUGGUGGAGGAGGAGCUCCUGGGGGCCUUGGAAUGGGGUGGCUGCAUCCGCAUGCUGGACGGCGACGUGACGGAUGUGGUUGAAGCCAAGUCGCUGGGCAUCAGACCCAACUACAUCGACAUUUACAGCGCCAGCUGGGGACCAGAUGAUGACGGGAAGACGGUGGACGGGCCUGGCCGACUGGCUAAGCAGGCCUUCGAGUAUGGCAUUAAAAAGGGCCGGCAGGGCCUGGGUUCCAUUUUCGUCUGGGCCUCUGGGAACGGCGGGAGAGAGGGGGACCACUGCUCCUGUGAUGGUUACACCAACAGCGUCUACACCAUCUCCGUGAGCAGCACCACCGAGAACGGUUACAAGCCGUGGUACCUGGAGGAGUGUGCGUCCACCCUGGCCACCACCUACAGCAGUGGCGCGUUUUAUGAUCGGAAAAUCGUCACCACGGAUCUGCGGCAGCGCUGCACGGACGGCCACACAGGGACCUCAGUUUCAGCCCCCAUGGUGGCGGGGAUCAUCGCCUUGGCUUUAGAAGCAAAUAACCAGUUAACCUGGAGGGACGUCCAGCACCUGCUGGUAAAGACAUCCAGGCCGGCACACCUGAAAGCCAAUGAUUGGAAAGUCAACGGUGCCGGUCAUAAAGUCAGCCAUCUCUAUGGAUUCGGCCUGGUGGAUGCAGAGGCCCUGGUCACGGAGGCGAAGAAGUGGAGAGCAGUGCCUGCCCAGCAUGUGUGUGUCGCCACCACAGACAAGAGACCCAGGAGCAUCCCCGUGGUGCAGACUCUUCGGACCACCGCCCUGACCACUGCCUGUGCUGACCACUCAGACCAGCGCGUGGGCUACCUGGAGCACGUGAUCGCUCGCAUCUCUAUUUCCCACCCUCGCCGGGGAGACCUCCAGAUCCACCUCAUUUCUCCCUCAGGAACCAAGUCUCAACUAUUGGCCAAGAGAUUGCUGGAUCAUUCCAAUGAAGGGUUUACAAACUGGGAAUUCAUGACUGUGCACUGCUGGGGAGAAAAGGCUGAGGGGGAAUGGACCUUGGAAAUCCAAGACAUGCCGUCCCAGGUCCGCAACCCAGAGAAGCAAGGGAAAUUGAAAGAAUGGAGCCUCAUCUUGUAUGGCACCGCCGAGCACCCUUACAACACCUUCAGCUCCCAUCAGUCACGCUCUCGGAUGCUGGAGCUCUCGGCCCCCAUGCUGGAGCCACCCAAGGCUGCUCUAUCACCACCCCAGACCGAGGUUCCUGAGGACGAAGAGGACUACACAGCUCCUUCCACCCACGGCUCUCCUAAUAUUUUACAGACCAGUCUGUGCCAUCCGGAGUGUGGUGACAAGGGCUGUGAUGGCCCCAAAGCAGACCAGUGCUUGAACUGUGUCCACUUCAGCUUGGGGAGCAUGAAGACCAGCAGGAAGUGCGUGAGUGUGUGCCCCCUGGGCUACUUUGGGGACACAGCAGCAAGACGCUGUCGCCGGUGCUACAAGGGGUGUGAGACCUGCUCGGGCAGGAGCCCAACCCAGUGCCUGUCCUGCCGCCGCGGGUUCUAUCACCAUCAGGAGAUGAACACCUGUGUGACAUUCUGUCCUGCUGGAUUUUAUGCUGACGAAAGUCAGAAAAAUUGCCUUAAAUGCCACCCAAGCUGUAAAAAGUGCAUUGAUGAACCAGAAAAAUGUACUGUUUGUAAAGAAGGAUUCAGCCUUGCACGGGGCAGCUGCAUUCCAGACUGUGAACCGGGCACCUACUUUGAUUCUGAGCUAAUCAAAUGUGGGGAAUGCCAUCACACCUGCCAAACCUGUGUGGGGCCCAGCAGAGAAGAAUGUAUUCACUGUGCGGCAAACUUGCACUUCCAAGACUGGAAAUGUGUGUCAGCCUGUGGUGAAGGUUUCUAUCCAGAGGAGAUGACGGGCUUGCCCCACAAAGUGUGCCGAAGGUGUGACGAGAGCUGCCUGAGCUGCGAAGGCUCCAGCAGGAACUGCAGCAGGUGUAAGACGGGCUUCACGCUGCUGGGGAACACGUGCAUCACCAACCACACGUGCAGCAACGCUGACGAGACAUUCUGUGAGAUGGUGAAGUCCAACCGGCUCUGUGAACGGAAGCUGUUCAUUCAGUUCUGCUGCCGCACGUGCCUCCUGGCGGGGUAG